UUAAGAAUGGAAGGCUAUCAAGCUCACUGUGGCAGAUACAAGUUUUCCAAAAUUCUAAUUAUCACUUGAAGUACCCAGUUUUAUCAUUGACAACAAAUGCUCUCAGUUGUUUUCCUUGAAGUGAUAGGCUCACUUUGUUAAUUUUUGAGAAAAUAACUAUCAGUUACCCAGGUCUAAAUAGCCAUACAGUUUGUCAGCUCCUCUUUCAAGUAAAAAUGGUAUUCCUUGGGGGAAAAUGUGGGUAAUUCAGUUUGCGACUCAAAGCAUGGUUUAUGUGCUUUUUGAAAUAGCCAUCACACUUCCGAAUGCAGAAGUGCUGUAUGUAUACUUUCCAUUUGAUUACACAGAAUAGUAAAAAGACAUGAAUUCAAGGGUGAAGAUUUAAUAAAAUUAAUAAUUUUUACUCUUUCAUCAGCACAUUCUUAAAUUAUGAAAUUGACUCUUUCCUUUUACUGUGAAUACAUGAAGGUGAAGAAUAUAAUGAUGACUAGUACAGUUUGGUGCCAUUGCCUUUAAUUAAUUGUGCUAAGAUGCCAGUAGUUUUACCCUACCAUUGCUUUUGCAUUCUAAGUGCAAAUAUAAGUACAGUGAAAAAAGGCAAAGAAUGUCUUAGUUAUUAUGAAAAUAGUUUUGACCUCACUGAUCCCUUGAAGAAAUCACAGGGAUUCCCAGGGUUAUAAGGUUCACUUUGAGAACUGCUGCUGUAAGCUAUUUGAGGGUUAGACUAAUCACCCCACAUAUCCCCCUUCAGUUUCUGAUCCAGGAUUUUUCACAGAAAAGGUGCUCAAUAUAUAUUUGUUUUAUGAAUGUGAUUUGAUGACAUUUAAACAGGACAAAACUUGGUGAGUAAAAUUAUGUAGCAGCCUACAUCCAUCCAAGCAAUCUUGAUCAGGCAGCUUUCCCACAGACAUUGGUGAGAAUAAGUUGAGCUAAUGGAAUGUGGAUGAUAAUAUACUUGGUAAAUGCAAAUGAUGAAAUAACUACAAAUAAGGUGAUGUUGAAAUUAGAACUAACUGAUUUCAGGAAUGCACAGGAAAAGGAUACACAUGUACAAGUUCCUACACAGCCAGCGAUUUCAGCCUUGUUAGGUUUCUGUUAAUGAGUCCUCUACUUUUUGGGUCCUUUAAUUUGUAGCGGUCUAAGAGAGGAUCCUCAAGUAAGAUGGAUCUUAUCUGAAAAGCAAACAUCUCAUUUAAAUUUCAGUAGGUCGUGGGUUGUGCUUAAUCUAGUAAAGUCUUUUCAAAAAGAGUUACUGACAGUGAAUGUUAAAAACAAAUCACUUUUUUUGAAGAAUAGUGACUAAAAGUCCUGGGUCUAUAUAAACUGCAGACCCAGGUAGUCAUUUUCCUCUUUAAGGAAACCUGUCCUGUUAAUACCCUACUAUGUAUUUUUGGGGCAAGAAAUUGGGUGAUAAGAUGGUGUGAUAUACCCUCUUUUAGUGUGUAAGCCUCAGUUCAUCUAGCUACAUUUUGAUAAUCUCAAAUUUUGUUAAAUAAUACUCCUCCUCUUGUUUUCAAGUGAUUUGUUUGUUACAGUCUAUUUCUAGUUUAGGGCUAGGAUGUAGGAAUGGGUAGUAAAUUGGGGGUGGAAAUGGGAAGGAACAGUAUUAGUUCUAAACCAUCCCAGGCCUUCCACUACUCCCACCCCCAAUCCCAACUUUUAAAAAACUUUUUACUCCUAUUUCAAGUAAAGAUUGUAAGAGAUAAGUUAAGGCAUUUCUAACAAUCAAAACCACACAGUUUUUUUGUUUCAUGUUAAAAGUUACUGAGUCUACUUUAAGAAGUUCCUUCAAACAUCUUGUGAAUUUACCUUUUGUCCCUGAAGGUCAUUACUUCAAUUUACAAUGGAUACUCCCAAAAAGUUGGGUAGGGUAGGCAUUACCUAAACUUUGGUCAUCAUCAUACCUAUGUAACAGCAUGAGAGGAUUCAGCUAGUACAGGGGUGUGUUACUAUGUGAGAGCCACUUGUGCUUCUUGUCAUAGGUGCCAUGUCCUGGUUAGAAACCAUUUAAAAUCAAACUGGAAAACACCAGUCACCUUUUAAGGAUGUCAUAAAAAUAAGGUUAUUUUUAUGACAUCCUUAAAAGACUAAAUACUAUUUUAAAACUGACCAAAGUAAAAUGUCUGCUUUCAAACAGAGUUGUAAGUGGAAAUGUAAAAUAAGGUCAAAUUAAAGAUAAUUUAUCUAUUACAUUUCCUGAACAGAUUUAAUUUUGAACUCUGUGUGCAAGGCACAGAUUGGAAUGGUUGCUGCAGAUAUUUUAUGGAAUAUAGAUUUCAGAUUGUUAUUUGCUUGUAAAUAUACACAUGAAAACCCACUUUCAGGACUCCUACUUUAAAUUUUUCAAAGAAUUUUAUCCUUUAUGGAAGAUAUAUUUGUAUCUAUUAUUCCUCUAGUACCAUAUCCUAGUUAAGUAGUUUGAGGAGAUUAGGGUUAAGUACUACUACUUUGGUAUGGCUUCUAUAGCUGCUACCUUUAAAAAUUUGUUAAAUACUUCAGGCAUAAAUAAGGAUAUAGAACAAUAUAAUGAAUACCAUGUAUCUUCUACCCAACUUAAAAAAAAUCACAGAUAAUAAUGCCUCCUGGGCAUUCCUUCCUCAUCCUUUCCCUUCCCAGCUGUAACCAUUAUUCUGAAUUUGAUGUUUACCUUUCCCCUGUAUCAAAAAACAAAAACAGAAAAACUAUACCUUUAUGUGUUGUAUCCAUAGGAAAGAUAUCAUAUUGUUUCGUAUGUUUUUAAAGUUAUAUGAGAUUAAUCUUUAUUUUUUUUGUUGUUUUGUUUUUUUGUUUUUUGCGGUACGCGGGCCUCUCACUGUUGUGGCCUCUCCCGCUGUGGAGCACAGGCUCGGGACGCGCAGGCCCAGCGGCCAUGGCUCACGGGCCCAGCCGCUCCGCGGCUCCGCGGCAUGUGGGAUCCUCCCGGACCGGGGCACAAACCUGUGUCCCCUGCAUCGACAGGCGGACUCUCAACCACUGCGCCACCAAGGAAGCCCGAGAUUAAUCUUUAUUGAGUAGAUCUUCAUGGAGGAACACGGAGUGACCCAAACUGAACACAUGGCUACCAUAGAAGCCCAUGCAGUGGCCCAGCAAGUCCAGCAGGUCCAUGUGGCUACCUACACUGAACACAGUAUGUUGAGUGCUGAUGAAGACUCACCUUCUUCUCCUGAAGACACCUCGUAUGAUGAUUCAGACAUACUCAACUCCACAGCGGCUGAUGAGGUAACAGCCCAUCUGGCUGCUGCAGGUCCUGUGGGAAUGGCUGCUGCUGCUGCUGUGGCAACAGGAAAGAAACGGAAACGGCCUCAUGUGUUUGAGUCUAAUCCGUCUAUCCGGAAGAGACAGCAAACACGUUUGCUUAGGAAACUUCGAGCCACAUUAGAUGAAUAUACUACUCGAGUAGGACAGCAAGCUAUUGUCCUUUGUAUCUCACCCUCCAAACCCAACCCUGUCUUUAAAGUGUUCGGUGCAGCACCUUUGGAGAAUGUGGUCCGUAAGUACAAGAGCAUGAUCCUGGAAGACCUGGAGUCUGCCCUGGCAGAGCACGCCCCUGCGCCACAGGAGGUUAACUCAGAGCUGCCGCCUCUCACCAUCGAUGGAAUUCCAGUCUCUGUGGACAAAAUGACUCAGGCCCAGCUUCGGGCGUUUAUUCCAGAGAUGCUGAAGUACUCCACAGGUCGGGGAAAACCAGGCUGGGGUAAAGAAAGCUGCAAGCCCAUCUGGUGGCCUGAAGAUAUCCCAUGGGCAAACGUUCGGAGCGAUGUCCGCACAGAAGAGCAAAAGCAGAGGGUUUCAUGGACCCAGGCACUACGGACCAUAGUUAAAAACUGUUAUAAACAGCAUGGGCGGGAGGACCUUUUGUAUGCUUUUGAAGAUCAGCAAACACAAACACAGGCCACAACCACACACAGUAUAGCCCAUCUUGUACCAUCACAGACUGUAGUCCAGACCUUUAGUAACCCUGAUGGCACUGUCUCGCUUAUCCAGGUUGGUACAGGGGCAACAGUAGCCACAUUGGCUGAUGCUUCAGAAUUGCCAACCACAGUCACUGUUGCCCAAGUGAAUUAUUCUGCUGUGGCUGAUGGAGAGGUGGAACAAAAUUGGGCCACGUUACAAGGAGGUGAGAUGACCAUCCAGACGACACAAGCAUCAGAGGCUACCCAGGCAGUGGCAUCAUUGGCAGAGGCUGCAGUGGCAGCUUCUCAGGAGAUGCAGCAGGGAGCCACAGUCACCAUGGCACUCAACAGCGAAGCUGCCGCCCAUGCUGUCGCCACCCUGGCUGAGGCCACCUUGCAAGGGGGGGGACAGAUAGUCCUGUCUGGGGAAACCGCAGCAGCUGUCGGAGCACUUACUGGAGUCCAAGAUGCUAAUGGACUGGUCCAGAUCCCUGUGAGCAUGUACCAGACUGUGGUAACCAGCCUCGCCCAGGGCAAUGGGCCGGUGCAGGUGGCCAUGGCCCCUGUGACCACCAGGAUAUCGGACAGCGCAGUCACCAUGGACGGCCAGGCUGUGGAGGUGGUGACGUUGGAACAGUGACAUGCAGCCAUAUCAUGGCAUCGUUUUCUAGUCUACUUCAAAAUUUUUUACACGUUUGCAGAGGUGCAAUCAAAUGAAAUUAAGUCUCUCGACUUUGGAAGAAAAGUUUUGUUAACCUUUUUUUUAAAAAGGAAGAAAGGCAGCGGAUUUUGGAAUUGCAUUUUUUUAAAGCACCACUCUUAAUUUUCUGGGAUUGGUGGAACAAGAUACUGUGUUGUCAAUUUCACUGUCCCCAAAAAGCCAAAUUGUGGCAAGGACUUCUUUCUGCGAAAACGUGUGUAUAGUUCCGUGUUUGUAUGUGUGAGUGUGAAUAUAUGUAUAUGUGUACAUAUGGAUAUACGCAUUUACAUAUAUAUAAAGUAUAUAUAUGUGUGUGUGUGUAUGUAUAUGUGUGUAUGUAUACGUGUGUGUGUAUGUAUAUGUAUAUAUAUAUAUAAAUAUAUAUAUAUAUAUAUAUAUAUAUAAUGUAUGUAUGAAACCCGCAUGGAAUUAUCUGUAUGAGAUCAAGGUGAGCUGUGGAAAAAAUAAUUCACCCAGUUUAGUGGGUGUUGGGUACGUGGCCAGACACAGCCACCGGUUUUUGUUCAUACCAGGGUCAUGCGUUGAGCUACUGACAAACUCAGGCAGAGGUGACCAUGCCCUUCACCAAAGCUGCCUCCCAGUGGCCACCCAGAACUCUCCCUGCUGGACUUGCCUGAGGAAGGAUGUUCCAGAAUGGGGUGAGGUCCAGAAGUUGUGCUUGCAGGGUCCAGGGCCUCGUGGUCUGGCAGCUGGGACGCUCCUCGGGCUGGCCCAGGUGCUGACCUUGCCACGGGCAAGUGAACGUCCUUAAAACUCCCAGGCAGGGGUGAGAGGGUUUUCCUCAGCCUCCCAUCUCCUCCCCUCCCGAGGAAACCUUCUUGAUCUCAUGACUAUUAACAUGUCACUUUGGUUUUAAGGUCAGUCCUGAAUUGGUCGUGUAUAUGAAUUGAAGGUAACAGAAGUAUUAAGGGUUUGAGGAGUGCGUGCGUGUUAAGUGUGCUUUUGAGUGUGUGCAUGGUGGGGAGAGAAUGGGGGGGGGUGGGAGGGGUUGGAAGGGGAAAGGAAGGAGGGAGAGAAAAAUCUUCAAAGACCAGGUUACACCAAUGGGAGCAAUUUUUUCCUUUCCUGUAACUUUCUGUAGCUUAACAGAGGAGACUGAAACUGACGGGGGCACCUGGCUCGUGGAAGGUUGGCCGUCACGCUGGGGGAAGUUAGAGAGAGAGGGCUGAGGGUGCUUCCUGCACUCCUGGAUCAGGCCCUGUUUCAGAAGGAACCCUGCAGUUUUCCCAGGUGCAUCCUGCUGGGCCUGGGUCCCCGCACAGCUUCCUUCUCACAGGUGUUGAUUGGUCUGGGUGUUCUUGUAACUAAAUUCUGUGAUUUCUCAGCUGCAAGCCCCAAGUCUCCAGCGGCUAAAUUCACCUGACUUUGACAGGCCAAAUCUCUGCUCCUUGAGUACAGGGACAACUCUUCCUCCCUCCUCCCGGGCCCCCCAUGUGUGAUAGUGUAUUUAAUGUUUUUUUUCUUUUAAUGCGACAUUAAAAGAUUCUUCACAUCUUGCUCAGCCUUUGAGAAAAGUUUCAGAUUCUUGUAUUUGCUUGUUUUAUAUAAAACUAUCCAAUGUUCUUUGUAUGUUUUUUUCUGUACGUAAUGGGGGAGGGAGGGGAAAUUUACAUAAAACAGCCCUAGUUCUACAAUUUGUUAUUUUUUUAAUUAUUAUUUUUUAUCGUCGUUGUGAAACUGUCCAGGGGCUUUAAAGUCCGUGUUCCUUUGUGGUGAAAUAACCUCCUAACAGUUUGAGAAAUUGCCAAGAAGAAGAAGAAGAAAAGCAAGACCCCAGUAGCAGAGCAUGGAUUCUGUGUCGUUUUCCAUUCUGUCUAUUACUGCCUCAUUCAAUAAAUAGUAACAAAGUGGCAA